GGAAAUCAACCAGUGUGUCGCGUGCACACGAUAAUUCUUCAUGAAGUCAUUUCUCGACGAUGAAGCGGCCGUGCUGGCUCCGUCGAGCGGUGAGGAAUCGACACCGCCACGCCGUCGAGCAGGCGUCGCGUCGAUUGCGUGGAGGUCAUGAUUGGGCCAUGGGAGGAGAUGCGCCGCGACAUUUGAUUUCCACACAGGUCGCGGCUUCCACGUCGCCCCACGCAGCUCUGCGCCAGGCGGGCACCUGGGGCCUCGGGGUCCUCGCCGACGCGGGCGCGGCCGUGCCGGACGCCCCGCGGGCGCUCGUGGCGGCCCUGGCCCAGUACCCGCGCGACGGCGAGUGCGGCGCGUCCGACAUGGCCUUCGAGAACGCUGUCGCAGCCUGUGUGGAAAUCAAACUUCGGGCGCCCCACGCCAUCGACGCAUAUGUGUGGAACUCACUGGUUGAUUUCCACAGGUGGCGGCAGCGUUCCGCGUCUACGCGCGCUGCCAGGACCAGCAGCUCGCGAUGGCGGCCAUGGGCGGCCUGCCCCUCUAUCUCGACGUCGCGGAGGCGCGGCCGGCGCACGCGACGGCCUGGGCGCUCCUGCCCGACGCCGCCGCGCGGCGGGGGCUCCAGGCGGCGCUCGCCCAGGUCGCGGCGGCGCGGCCGCCGCCGGGCUGGGCCGUGGCCGUCCUCUCGGGCGACCGUUCCGCACGCGUCGCGCGGCGGUACGGAAACGACAUGGCCGCCGCGCGGGCGGCGGCGCAGAAGGCCGUCGACGAGGCAGCCGUCGUGGACGCGGCGACUCGCAACGCGCUUGCGGCGCUGGUUUAA